AGAGAAAUUUCAAACUUAAAGGAUCAUUUUUUGAGUUAAAUUAUUCCAUUCACGUUUAUGCUCUAGGCUCACCUUUUACCGACUUACCGAGUCACCGGCACGGCGGCACAACUCCUCCGGCCAUCUCUAUUCUCGGCGGGAAACAGAGAUGAACAACAAGGACGAACAACACAGAGAAGAGAGAGAGGAAUCGCCUUCUCACUCCCAGCAAACAGUUUCUGAUGAUGACGAGAUAGACUACUCCGUCAAGCCAGAAUUUUAUGAUUCAGAACUUGACGACAAGGAUGAACUCUGGGUGCAGAAGAAAAGGGGUGGUCGUACUUCCGAUGCCAUCCUUAAUUGUCCAGCUUGUUUUACCACACUUUGUCUAGAUUGCCAAAGGCAUGAAAAGAAUGUUACGCAGUACCGAGCAAUGUUUGUGGUCAAUUGCAAGAUCAAGAGCGAACAAGUGGCACAGCUUGGAAAUAAACGAAAGAGGGGUAAGAAAGGACGUGGAUCUGGUGCGGCUGAAGCGGAUUCUGAUAUGGGCGAGACAUAUAAACAUGUAUGUUGUUCAGUUUGUUCGACGGAUGUUGGAGUCAUCGACGAAGAUGAGAAAACUAUGACAGAAGGAAAAGAUUACUGUGAGCGGAAAAUCAACCUGCUAAAGUCCAACUACGAGCAGCUUCUUGAUGUUGCAACGAAGAAGAAAAGUAUUGCCGAUGAAACUGGUGUUAUCUUGCAAGCUAAAUUGAGACAACUUGCUCCUCCAGCACAGUAGAUCCCAUUGUUCUUUUUCCUUUUGGGGGUGGAGUGGGGUGCCUACUUAAAAUGUACUUAAAAAUGAAUCCUGUGGAGUUGCCUUUGUUGAUAACUCAACGAGUUCAUGCGCCUCAGGCUUAAUGAGCACCAAAUUCUAUCUAAAUUAGCAUUGCUGAAGCAGAAGUUUAACGGGUGUUCGUUCCUCCAUUUCACUCCACUUUUCCCUAGUUCUUUUUGCCUUUUUGCGAGAAGCAGAUGAUUGAUCAUCUGUGUCAUUGUAGCAACAUUGGUUGAUGACUCAAAGUUAUGAUUUAACUUGGAAUGUCCUUUAGUGGGUGAAGCCAUGAUGCAGUUCUACUUUUACUGCAACCCAAGUUUCUAAUUCAACUAUGUAUGUGUGUUUUGAUGA